AUGGAGGUUUUGGGUUGUUUGGCCACGGGCAACUGCUCGUGCACGGACACUCACACAUGUAAGUGUGUUGAGUGUCCCUGUUCCAACCAUCUCUUAAGAGAUGGUUGGAAACAAGGAGGAAGAAGACAGGGGUACGGGAUACCGCCGUGGCUAUCCGAUCAGCACUUGUUUGUGGUUACACCGUCAAGUAGACCGAGGCCAGGCACUCUUCCUUGUGCUCGGUGGGAUGGCCAGAGACGACAUUGUUUCCUGCCGCGGCCAUUCUUGCUCGCCGGACAUUCUCACUCACCGGAGGUACGACAGUCAGAAACACGUUGCAACCUGAAUGUGAUAUAUACAUGUAUAGUGAAGUCCCUUCUGCAAUACAUUUCACAUACUUGUACGUGUACAAAAAAUGGCGGGAGAACGAGAGAACGAGUGUGUGUUUUGUUCACCGUCGAGGGCUUGGAUGACGUUCCCUUCAGUGAGGAUGGGGGUGUCGUCGGCGAAGGCGAUCGGGAUAGAAAGGGGGGGAAACGAGAGGGCGGCGAUGGGAACGGCGGUGCACCGGGAGGGGCGAGUCUAAUGGCCAUUUCUGAGUUGUGA